AAAGCCGAUUACAUCUGAUCUUAACAGUGAUUCUCUCUCACCGUCUGUCCACUACUAUUGCUUAUUUUGCUGUACUGCAUGAGCUAAACGCGUUGACAGAGAGUGUUGUUCGUCGGGGUUAAAACUUUUCUUCAGGCCAGAAUGGAUUGGGCUCCGAGCUCGUUUGGAUGAGUCGCUUAUGAGCAGUGCGCUUCAGCUCGGCAACUUUCCCGUGCACAUUUCUCCAAACAUCCUUGGUGGAAAGUUCAAAUCACAUGGGAUAUGGUGACAAACAAGUGAAUGCACAUUAAACCAAGACGGAAAAUGCAGAAGAGUGUUCGGUACAAUGAGGGACACGCUCUGUAUCUCUCCGUUAUCGCGCGUAAAGAGGGCACCAAGCGAGGUUAUCUCAGCAAGAAGACCACAGAAAACAGUAAAUGGCAUGAGAAGUUUUUUGCACUUUAUCAGAAUGUUUUAUUUUACUUCGACACCGACCAGAGUGCUCGACCGUCAGGGAUUUAUCUUCUGGAAGGAUGCACAUGUGAACGAGUCCCUGCGCUCAAGGUGUCCACUGUUGGCAAAGACGCACUUGACAAGCUGCAUUAUUUUCUCGUCGUCUUCGGGCAUGAUGGACAGAAGCCUCUGGAACUGCGGACAGAGGAGGAGUCAGACUGUGAUGAAUGGGUGGAGGCCAUCCAGCAAGCCAGCUACUCUGACAUAAUCAUCGAGCGUGAGGUUCUUAUGCAGAAGUACAUCCACCUGGUGCAGAUUGUGGAGACAGAGAAGGUGGCAGCCAAUCAGCUCCGCACACAACUGGAAGACCAAGACACAGAGAUUGAGAGGCUUAAAUCUGAGAUUAUAGCCUUGAACAAAACUAAGGAAAGAAUGCGUCCCUAUCACGUACACCAAGAAGAGGAGGAUCCUGAUAUAAAAAAAAUCAAAAAGGUCCAGAGCUUCAUGCGAGGGUGGCUGUGUAGAAGGAAAUGGAAGAUUAUUGUGCAGGACUACAUCUGUUCUCCUCAUGCUGAGAGCAUGAGGAAGAGGAAUCAGAUCGUCUUCAACAUGGUGGAGGCUGAGACAGAGUAUGUCCAUCAGCUUUCCAUCCUAGUCAACUGCUUCCUGAGGCCACUCAGAAUGGCCGCCAGCUCCAAGAAACCACCCAUUAGCCACGAUGAUGUCAGUAGCAUCUUCCUUAACAGUGAGACAAUCAUGUUUCUACAUGAAAUAUUUCAUCAGGGAUUGAAGGCGAGGAUAGCAAACUGGCCCACACUGGUUCUAGCGGAUCUCUUUGAUAUCUUGCUGCCAAUGCUGAACAUCUAUCAGGAGUUUGUGAGGAACCACCAGUACAGUCUUCAGGUUCUGGCCAACUGUAAGCAGAACCGGGACUUUGACAAACUCCUGAAGCAGUACGAAUCAAACGCUGCGUGUGAGGGGAGGAUGCUGGAAACCUUCCUCACAUACCCCAUGUUUCAGAUCCCUCGUUACAUCAUCACUCUCCAUGAGCUACUGGCUCAUACACCUCAUGAGCAUGUGGAAAGGAAAAGUCUAGAGUUUGCCAAGUCUAAACUGGAGGAACUCUCCAGGGUGAUGCACGAUGAAGUGAGUGACACAGAAAACAUCCGUAAGAACCUGGCUAUUGAGCGCAUGAUCGUGGAGGGCUGUGACAUCCUCCUUGACACCAGCCAGACGUUUGUGAGACAAGGCUCUUUGAUCCAGUUGCCCUCAGUGGAGAGAGGGAAGCUCAGUAAGGUGCGUCUAGGCUCUCUCUCACUCAAAAAGGAAGGGGAGAGACAGUGCUUCCUCUUCACCAAGCACUUCCUUAUCUGCACACGCAGCUCAGGAGGCAAACUUCACCUGCUCAAACAAGGUGGUGUGCUGUCCCUGAUUGAGUGCACUCUCAUCGAGGAGCCUGACGCUAACGACGAAGACGCUAAGAAUUCAGGGCAGGUGUUUGGUCACCUGGACUUUAAGAUUGUGGUCGAGCCCUCAGAUGCUCCUGCCUUCACUGUGGUGCUGCUGGCACCAUCCCGUCAGGAGAAAGCGGCCUGGACCAGCGACAUCAGCCAGUGUAUCGAUAACAUCCGCUGUAAUGGCCUGAUGACGAGCGUGUUUGAGGAGAACUCAAAAGUCACAGUGCCACACAUGAUCAAAUCCGAUGCGCGUCUCCAUAAAGAUGAUGUUGACAUUUGCUUCAGUAAGACGCUCAACUCCUGCAAGGUUCCUCAGAUCCGCUACGCCAGCGUGGAGAGACUGCUGGAGAGGCUGACCGACCUGCGCUUCCUCUCCAUAGACUUCCUCAACACGUUCCUGCACACCUACCGAAUCUUCACCACCGCCACCGUGGUCAUGGAGAAACUGGCUGACAUCUACAAGAAGCCUUUCACAUCCAUACCAGUCAGGGUCCAGUAUCACUCAUUUGACCGCUUGUCCAUUACAUCCAUCUGCCCAGACUACAGCCUGAAGAUCAGGAAGAUAGCACUGGAUCAGUCAAAAUCCCUGGAGCUUUUCUUCGCCACCAACCAGAACAACCGCAGCGGGGACCACGUAAAUGACAAAUCCCCCAGACUGUGUCGCAAGUUCUCAUCUCCUCCACCUCUCUCCAUCCCAUCCCGUACUUCCUCUCCGGUUCGCAUCAGGAAACUCUCUCUUAAAAUUAUAUACCAGGCAGCUCGGAAUGAGAAGCAGGGUAUGACUUUCCCCUCAGCUGUGCUGGAGUCAGUGUCUUUGGACAAAUUUAUUCCAGAGUCGCCACAAGGGAGUGAACCAGGAGAAAUCUCUCCCUGCCGCUCACCCUCCACUCCACGCCACCUCCGCUUCAGACAGUCAGGAGUCCAGUCAGCUGAGAACUCGCGCUGCUCCGUUUCUCCAGCCUCUGCAUUUGCUAUCGCCACAGCAGCAGCUGGACACAGCAGCCCUCCAGUUUUUAGCAAUUCUGAGCGGACUUGUGACAAGGAGUUCAUUAUACGUUGUGCGGCUACCAACAGAGUCCUGAAUGUCCUGCGCCAUUGGGUCUCCAAACACUCACAGGACUUUGAAAUGAAUGGAGAGCUGAAGAUGGGUGUGAUCUGCCUGCUAGAGGAGGUGUUGAGAGACCCCGACCUUCUUCCCCAGGAGAGAAAAGCCACAGCAAACAUAUUAAGUGCCCUUUCUCAAGAUGACCAGGACGAUGCCCAGCUGAAGAUUGAAGACAUUCUUCAGAUGGCUGAAUACCCAAAGACUGAGUGUUUUGAAUCUCUGUCAGCGAUGGAGCUAGCUGAACAAAUCACUCUUCUCGUCACACAGUAUCUUCUGGAUAAGAACUUGAUUAUGGAUGAAGACACACUGUAUGACUUGUCUCUCAAGAUUGAACCCAGGCUUCCUGCAUGAACUACAACCUCAGUACCUGGCAGCUUCCAUCUAGAUGUGCUUCUCACUCUUGGGAUGUUUUGAAGGCAUGAAGCAUGCCUAGUGUUUGAGAAAGAGGGACGUUAAGCAGGAAGGAAAAAUUUCCAUUUGAAAGUGUGAAAAAGUAGUGGGUCCAGGUUUGGAGGAGAGUAUUAAACAGUGCUCACCACCACACUGAAGGGUGACUUUUAUCAUAGAAGGAACGAAGGAUGAAACUGGCCACUGUCAGUGGUCAGGAGUCAUAAGUGAGUUUCAGGGUCGAGCAGAUGGAUUCAGUCUAAAUUGUGAAGAAAGUGGUUGAAGAUAUGUAGCAUGUACAGAAGUAGAGCUAUUAGCCAGAUCUUAUGUAGUGUAUUGUGGCCCUUGGCACAUCCCCUCAUUGGUAAUGGUAGUGACUUUGUGCAUGAACUAGACUGUGGGUUUGCUGUGUUCUUUGCCUCAACUUUACACUCCAUGUGCUGUCCCAUUUGCCAACAGCUGGCUGCACUGAACCAAAAUGCCACAUGAAAAUUUUAAAAGAUGCAUCAGACUUCCAAGUAAUGGGAAUGUAUAGUAGCUUUCUAAAAUACUAACCAGUUGUAGAUGAUAUUGAUAUUUCGUAACAGCCCCUGAAGCUAUGUGAGCUCUUUAAAAAUCAGUUGCUUAUUGUGCCUUCUCAUAUUCACAGACACUCAGCAAUGCUUAAAAGUUUGGAUAUUAUUGGCCUGUGUAGCAAAGUGAUGACAGAAUGGAGAUAUUCAAAUUAUUUAAAGUAAUAAAUACAAGUAUACUGUAAAUUAGCAUGUUCUGCUCAAAUUCAGUGUAAAGGCCUGUUUACACCAAGGGCAAUAAAGAUAUCGUUUUAAAAAUCAUUCUUAAGAGCAGAGUCCACGCCACAACUAUUAUGAUACAAAGGACCGAUAUUGUUGGGAUCAACUUUUUUUUCCAGCUUAUAAAUGAUAAAAAAACACAGACAGUCAAUCAGAAUACAUCCUGCUUUAAAGAGCUUGAGCGUUUUGAGAGGCAGACAACAUAACUGCACCUUUAAUACAAUAAGCACCAUUAACAUUGUGCUUUGGUGUG